UCCCGAUAGCAGCUGUGUUUUCUCCAGCCCUAGCACAUGGUGUGCGGUAACAUUGCCGGCUUUGCAAAGACUGAAAAAAAUGUGUAAAUUUUAAUAAGAACCAAAAACUGAGAAACUCCCUGGGAGCAUGAUCCGGACGUUCUCCAACCGCUGGCUGCUUCAGCGGAUGGGUGGCACCCCGCCCGCCGCCUGGCUGGUGUCGCGUGCCCGCUUCCUGGCCACCACAAAUGCGGUCAAGGCCGAGACGGAAUCCAGCACCAAAGACGAACCGUCGCAGGCGGAACUCUUGCACGAGUUCGCCCGAAUGCCCGUGGAGCGUAUACGCAACUUUAGCAUCAUAGCCCACGUGGAUCAUGGAAAGAGCACGCUGGCGGACCGCCUAUUGGAGCUAACGGGCGCUAUUGCCCGGAAUGGGGGCCAAAAUCAGGUGCUGGACAGCCUGCAGGUGGAGCGAGAGCGCGGGAUUACGGUCAAAGCGCAGACUGCCUCCAUUUUCCAUCGCCACAAGGGACAGCUGUAUCUGCUGAACCUAAUCGACACUCCUGGUCACGUGGACUUCUCCAAUGAGGUCUCCCGCUCGCUGGCCGCCUGCGAUGGCGUCGUUCUUCUGGUGGACGCCUGCCACGGCGUCCAGGCCCAGACCGUGGCCAACUAUCACCUCGCCAAGCAGCGCCACCUGGCCGUGGUGCCGGUACUCAAUAAGAUAGACAUCAAGCACGCCAAUCCCGAUCAGGUGUGCCAGGAUAUGAAGCUUCUGUUCGAUAUAGAUCCUGACCAGGUGCUCCGCGUGUCCGCCAAGCUAGGCACUGGCGUUGCCCAGGUUCUGGAGCGCAUUAUCGAGGUGGUGCCGCCGCCACAGGUUCAGCGAGAGAGCGACUUUCGAGCCCUGAUCUUCGACAGCUGGUUCGACAAGUAUCGCGGUGCCCUGAACUUGAUUUACGUGUUGAACGGACGCCUGGAACAGAACCAGGACAUUCAGUCGCUGGCCACCAAGAAGGUGUAUCCGGUAAAGAGCAUCUCCGUGCUUCGGCCCGCAGAGUGUUCCGUCCCGGAUCUAUCCGCCGGCCAGGUCGGUCUGAUUGCCUGCAACAUGCGCAACAGCAAGGAAUCCAUUGUGGGCGACACUAUACAUCUGAAGAACCAAGCUGCCAGCGCAGCAGGAAGCUAUCGGCCGCAGCAACCGCUCGUCUUUGCCGGCGUCUUUCCGGCAGAUCAAUCCAAGCAUGUGGCGCUGCGCAGUGCUAUCGAUAAGAUGAUACUGAACGACUCGGCGGUGACGGUGAAGGUCGACUCCAGUCCCGCCCUUGGCCAGGGUUGGCGCCUGGGCUUUCUCGGCCUGCUGCACAUGGAGGUGUUCUGCCAGCGCCUGGAGCAGGAGCACGGCGCCGAGCCCAUCAUUACGGCGCCCUCGGUAACAUAUAGAUUGGUGCUGAGCAACCCGAAGAUGAUACGACAGCAGGGACGCGACACUAUGGACAUAUCGAAUGCAGCUCUCUUUCCGGAACCGAACAGCGUCAAGGAGUACUUCGAGCCGCUUGUUCUAGGUACCAUUAUUACGCCCACGGAGUAUGUGGGCCAAGUGAUCGGGCUAUGCGUGGAGCGACGAGGACUGCAGCAGAGCUCUGUGAACAUUGACGAGACGCGAGUGCUGAUGAAGUACGUACUGCCGCUGAGCGAGAUCAUCUUGGACUUUCACGAUCGCCUUAAGUCACUCAGCUCGGGAUAUGCCAGCUUUAGCUACGAGGAUCACGGCUACCAUCCAUCGCAUCUGGUGCGUUUGGAUAUCCACCUGAAUGGCAAACCCGUGGAGGAGCUGUGCCGGAUUGUCCAUGCCUCUAAAGCCGUGGGCGUUGCCCGGCAAAUGGUGCUCAAGCUACGCGAACUCAUACCCAAGCAGAUGGUUCAGAUUGCCAUCCAGGCAUGCGUCGGCAGCAAGGUUCUUGCCCGGGAGACGAUCAAGGCCUACCGCAAGGAUGUGACUGCCAAGCUCUACGGCGGUGAUGUCACUCGCCGGAUGAAGCUCCUGAAGCAGCAGGCCGAAGGCAAGAAGAAGAUGCGCAUGUUCGCCAACAUUCGAGUGCCGCACGAGACCUUCAUCAACGUCCUGAAGCGUUAGAAGGCGGUCUGCAGAUCUCUUGGAGCUUGAAAUUGCUGAUGUUGAAAUGGGACCUUCUUAUUUAACAACUCUGAGUUUUAAACAUGGAAAGGACCUACUCCGAGCACACUUUUGAUGAAAUGCUUCUGAAAUAUUCGUAGUUCUCGAAGUUUGCUCUAAAGAGAGAGACUAUUAAACCGAAAUUUUAAAUAUAUUUGUAUGAAAACAGCAUCUGGGAUCCAAUAAGAAAUAUAUUUUCAUUAGAGACCCCA